AUGAGUUCUUCAUCUACUCGCCGAUCUAAUAAUCGAACUCGCGUUAAACUGUAUACAUUGAAUGAAGAACGACAAUGGGACGAUCGUGGUACAGGAUACGUUACAUGUGUAGCACCAAGAACAUCUACUACAAGUUAUUCCAUUAUUGUUAAAUCAGAAGUUGAUGGUUCAAUAUUACUUGAAUCGAAAAUUCAACCUAAUGCAAAUUAUCAAAGGCCACAAGAAACUUUAAUUCAAUGGUCAGAAGGCGAAAAAUAUGAUUUAGCAUUAAGUUUUCAAGAAAAAGUCGGUUGUGAUAUUAUAUGGGGAAAUAUCUGUGAUGUACAAGGAAAAAUUUCGUCUUCAUUUCUAACCAGUGCAAAUAGUUUAACAAACGAUUCAGCGAUUUAUGAAUCUGAUGAUAAUUGUGGUGAAUCAAAUGAAAAUUAUUUAUCGUCAGCAAUAAAUUUGCCACCAGUCGAUUUAUCACAAUUACAUGAUAUAUGUAAUUUAUUUUCACCGGAUAAAGUUCGUGAUGCCGCACGGCGAGAUUUACUGGCACGUGCAAUUGAAUCGGGAAAUUAUAUUCAAAAAUUAAUUGAACUAUUUCAUGCAUGUGAAGACUUGGAAAAUAUUGAUGCAUUACAUCAGUUAUACGAAAUAAUACGUUCAAUAUUUUAUUUAAAUAAAUCAACUUUAUUCGAAAUUAUAUUCAGCGAUGCAAUAAUAAUGGAUAUUAUUGGUUGUUUAGAAUAUGAACCACAAUUAACAAUGAAAACUAAACGAAAUCACAGAGAAUUUUUAAAUAAAAAAGCAACAUUCAAAGAAGUUAUACCGAUUGGUAAUCAAGAAUUAUUAAAUAAAAUUCAUCAAACAUUUAGAAUACAAUUUGUUCAAGAUGCAAUUUUACCAGCACCGAGUUUAUUCGAAGAAAAUUUAUUAUCAACAAUGAAUAGUUUCUUAUUUUUUAAUAAAGUCGAAAUUGUUACAUUACUUUACGAAGAUCCAAAAUUUCUUAGUCAGUUAUUUGCAGCAUUAAAAGAUGACAACCUAUUGGAUGAAAAACGAAAAGAUCUUAUGUUAUUUCUUAAAGAAUUUUGUGUUUUUUCUCAAACAUUACAACAGCAAAAUCGAGAUAAUUUUUUUCAAGCACUUGCAACUCAUGGUAUUCUAAAUGUAAUUCAAGUAAUGCUUAGCCUUGAUGACGUAACAAUAAAACAAGUUGCACUUGACGUAUUUACGUCUAUUGUUGAAUGUAACCCAUCAACCGUACGUGAAUAUAUGCUACAAGAAACUCAAUCGACACAAGAUGAUGAUGAACUACUGCUUACUUUAGUCAUAUCGGAAAUCCAAAGUGAUCCAGAUCCAGAAUUAAGUGGCGCUCUUAAUUUAAUGAAUUAUCUUAAAUUAUUAAUUGAUCCAGAAAAUUCAAUUACUGUAUCAGUCAUGGAAAAAACAGAAUUUUUAUCAUUUUUUUAUUUUCGUUCAAUGUCUGUGUUACUUGCACCACUGAUGGCAAAUACAAUCGAUUUUAAAUUAACUCGUGAUGAUUUUCACAUAGCACAAUUGCAACAUUUAAUAAUUGAUUUUCUAAUAUUUUGUAUUGAACAUCAUACAUAUCACAUACGAAAUUUCCUUCAGAAAAAAAAUUUAUUAAAACGCAUACUUGUUUUAUUAAAAUCAAAACAUCAAUUUUUACAACUUAGUGCUCUACGGCUUUUGAGACGAAUCGUUGGUCUAAAAGAUGAACAGUACAAUUUAACAAUUGUUCGAAAUAAUUUAUUUGCACCGAUUGUUGAUGCAUUUAAAGCUAAUAAACGACGGUAUAAUUUAUUAAAUUCAGCAAUGAUUGAAUUGUUUGAAUUCAUUCGGAUAGAAAUUAUAAAUAUAUUAAUUAAUUAUAUUGUGGAAAAUUUCUAUUCGGACUUUGAAUCGAUAACCUAUGUUAAAACAUUUCAGGAUUUAAAAUUAUAUUAUAAUGCUCAAAGAGAUAAAAGAGAACGAAUACUCAGUGAUAGUUCACCGACGAGUAGUACUUCACGUUUUUAUGAUCAUCUAAAUCCUACUCAUCUGUCAUCAUCUCAACGUCUUCGAAAAGAUGAACGUGAACUUGAUGUUGAUGAAGAAAAUUGGUUUAAUGAUGAUGCCGACGAAAAUAAACUUUCGUCACUCAAUCAUGGUACACUAUUCAACGAUGGUUCUGAUGAUGAUGAUGAUGACGACGAUGACGAUGAUAGUCAACCAGAAGUAGCUAGUGCAAUUUCAACCAGUGAACCACCUAGAUCUCGUCAUUCGUCAUCCGAUGAUGACGAGGAAUUAUCAACAACAUCGCACACGAAUUAUAAUAAACCUGUUAUUAGCAUUCAUAUUGGCGGUCGCUCGCCAAUGCCAUCAUCGUCGUCGACAACCGAUCUUCCACUAGAUACGUCUUCUCCUACGUCAUCAAAUCCAAUUGGUUCUGCAUCUCCAUACGCGAUGAGUCCAGCAUUAUCGAGUAUUGCCGAUCAAUACAAUGAUGAUGAUGAUGAUGAAGAAGAAGUAGAGGAAGAUGAGGACGAAGAAGAAGAAGAAGAUGAGGAUGAAGAAGAAGAAGACGAAAAUAACAGUGAUUCAUAUACAAUAAUAAAAAAACGAAAAUUAGAUGAUAAUGAUCAAGAACAAAAUAAAAUUUUCAAAAGUAAUAGUGAUCAAUCAUAA